AUGGCGCCAGGGUGCCAAGAUAAUGAUCGGAGCUACAAGCUGGAAGUGGAGGCGUCUGUGGCAGUGCAGGAGGGGCUGUGUGUCCUUGUGGCCUGCAAACUGGUCAAGUCACCUUGGGCCUCCCGGAGUAGUUCUGUCUUUGGCUACUGGUUCCAUGCAAGGGCAAAAACAAACCGUGACUCUCCUGUGGCCACAAACAACCCAGAGCGAGCACUGCAGAAGGAGACCCAGGGCCGAUUCCACAUUCUCGGGAACUUGAAGAACAACAACUGCUCCCUGGACAUCAGAGAUGCACAGAGAGGAGACAAUGGCUCCUACUUCUUCCGAUUGGAGAAGGGAGACAUAAAGUGGAAUUACUAUGGGAAGCCAGUGUCUGUGCAGGUGACCGCCCUCACCCACACCCCCCACAUCGACAUCCCAUCAACCCUGGAGCCAGGACAUCCCAUCAACCUGAUCUGCUCUGUGCCCUGGGCCUGUGAGCGGGGAACACCCCCCAUCUUCUCCUGGAUGUCAGCUGCCCUCACCUCCCUGGGCCCCAGGACCACACUCUCCUCCGUGCUGACCCUCACAGCGCGGCCCCAGGACCAUGGCACCAACCUCACCUGUCAGGUGACCUUUCCUGGAGCAGGUGUGACUGUGGAAAUGGCAGUCCAGCUCAAUGUCACCUGGACAUUAGGGCGGACGGCAGAUGUGGUCCUGGUGGCUGUGGGGGAGGCGGCUGUCAAGGUUCUGCUUCUCGGGCUCUGCCUCAUCAUCCUCAGUCAUGCUGCAUCUCAGGCCUGUGAAACCGGAAACUGGGACCAUCGCCCUCAACAACCCGCUUUUAACUGUUCAAACCUCCUCCGCUCACGCACAGGAAUUCAGGAGCUCUCAAUGUGUGAUGCUGUGGUCACUGUUCCUGCCCCUGCUGUGGACAGGACCACACUCUCCUCAGUGCUGACCCUCACAGCCCGGCCCCAGGACCAUGGCAUCAACCUCACCUGUCAGGUGACCUUCCCUGGAGCAGGUGUGACUGUGGAGAGGACAGUCCAUCUCAUUGUCACCUGGAACUCGGGCUGCAGGACUGAGGUGGUCCUGGUGGCUGUGGGGGAGGCGGCUGUCAAGGUACUGCUUCUGGGGCUCUGCCUCAUCCUCGGUGUGAGGUUCUGCAGGAAGAAGAUGGUACAGGCAGCACCUGUGGACAAUGCAGACACUUUCAGACACCGAGGCCUGCUCCGCCCCCCUCCCCAUCCAGCUGCUCCCCUGGACCAACAUCGAUGCCUGGGCCUCUCACCCUCUACAGUCCACAUCUGCCUCUUCAAGCCUCCUCUCUGCUCACUGGAAAAAGUCAAGACGUUUUGCCGUGUGAUGUUGUGGCUAGUGGUGCUGCCCCUGCUGUGGGCAGGUGAGUUGUGCAGGGGUGGGGGCUGCGAGUGCAGAACAAAGUUAACUCUUGUUUCUCUGCAGGGUCCCUGGUUCAGGGUCAGAGAUACCGUAACGGUGCCCAAAUCAGUGACCGUCCAGGAGGGGCUGUGUGUCCUUGUGCCCUGCACAGUUGCCUACCCCAUCUAUCCAUCCUCCCCUCGCUCUGUCUUUGGAUACUGGUUCCUGGAUGCGGACCAGAAAGAUGAUUUCUCUCCAGUGGCCACAAAUGACCCCAAACGGCCAGUGAAGGAAGCAACCAAGAACCGAUUCCAUCUCCUCAGGGACCCGCAGAAACAGAACUGCUCCCUGCUCAUCAGAGACACAGAAAAGAGGUGCAGGAAUGUGGCUGUUCUGAGGCAGGGUUUGCUCCCUGGGGCACAUUUGUGCAUCUCCAUGGCUUCCAUCCCUCUUUCCUCCCCAGCUCUGACACACACCCUUGACAUCCUCAUCCCACUGACCCUGGAGCCUGGCUGUCCCAUCAACCUGAUCUGCUCUGUGCCCUGGGCCUGUGAACAGGGGAUACCUCCCAACUUCUUCUGGAUGUCAGCUGCCCUCACCUCCCUGGGCCCCAGGACCACACGCUCCUCGGUGCUGACCCUCACAGCCCGGCCCCAGGACCAUGGCACCAACCUCACCUGUCAGGUGACCUUUCCUGCAGGUGUGACUGUGGAGAGGACAGUCCAGCUUAAUGUCACCUGUGAGUACAGCCAGGACACUGUGUCCCUGAGGGUGUGAAGGGACAGGGAGGCAGGGCUGGAGAACUACGGUCCCCAAACCCUGGAAGUCUGCCUGAGUAGAAGAUAUGGAGGAACACAGGACCUGCCCCUCUGCAAGUCUGAUUUCUGGGAUGGUAUCAGAGUGCUGCCUUACCUCACCUCGUCCCAAAGGAAGUGAGACCACUCUUGUACUCCACGUGCUACAAAGCUCCCCCACUUAGUGUCUCCAGGGACCUGGCCCAGCAGCACACCUCACUCAGGAGCUGUUACUGGGGUCUUGUGCCAGCUCCCCCCAGACCUGGGUUUUCAGAUUCAGAUGUGGGAGGUUCAUCCUGAGCAUCCCGUCAGGCUCCUUCUGUGGUUCUCUGACA